AUGGCGGAUAUGUUAAUUGACUCGGCUUCUGGAAACGAAAUUAUGUCAUUAAUGGAUGGUCAUUCAGGCUACAAUCAUAUAUUCAUUGCUAAAGAGGACGUCGAUAAAACUACAUUCAGGUGUCCUGGGGCUAUUGGCACUUUUGAAUGGCUCGCCAUGCCAUUUGGAUUAAAGAAUGCAGGGGCAACUUACCAAAGAACCAUGAAUUUCGUCUUUCAUGACAUGAUUGGGGACUUUAUGGAAGUCUACAUCGACGACAUUAUUGUUAAAUCAGACAAGCUUCAUCUCUCGCCGUCGACGAGUCUCUUCGAGGACCGCUAUAAGACGCCUUUCCUUCUCGACAAGGACACUUACUUCGUCCGUAAUAGCCCGAAGGGAUUCGCGACAAGUGUUUACUGUCUCACUAGCCUCCUUCAUAAUGUUAGCCGGCUCUUCAUGUAUUUCUGUAGGAAUGGCCAUCUCUCGUACAUGGCCCAAAAGUUAUUGGUACUUAUCGAAUAUAGUCUGAAACUCUUGGGAGAAAAUCUUGAGUCGUUCCCUGAGUGCCAAAGGAAGAAUAGAUCCAACUCCGGCAUUGUCAUUCCCAAGAUGCUCAAUGAGGAGUUUAAAUUGCUCUAA